AUGGCGGGUCCCGAGCAGCAGGUGGAGGAGAAGGCGGAGCGCAUAGAUGAUGCUGAGAUGGCUCUGCAGGGCAUCAACAUGCUGCUCAACAACGGAUUCAAAGAAAGCGACGAGCUGUUCAGGAGAUACAGGACCCAGAGUCCAUUGAUGAGCUUUGGGGCCAGUUUUGUCAGUUUUCUGAAUGCCAUGAUGACAUUCGAGGAGGAGAAGAUGCAGAUGGCCUGUGAUGACUUGAGGACCACUGAGAAACUGUGUGAGAACGACAGUGUUGGAGUCAUAGAGACAAUCAGAAACAAGAUUAAGAAAAGUAUGGAUUCCCAAAGAUCAGGCAUUGUGGUUGUGGAUCGCCUGCAGAGACAGAUUAUUGUUGCUGACUGUCAGGUGUACCUCGCUGUGCUUUCCUUCGUCAAGCAGGAGAUCUCAGCAUAUAUCAAAGGAGGCUGGAUCCUUCGAAAGGCGUGGAAAAUGUACAAUAAGUGCCACAGUGAUAUCGGUCAGCUACAGGAGACCUGUCAGCGGAGGUCCUCUGUCCAACAGGACUCCCUGUUAGCAGACAACACGAACCACAAUACACCAGUGGAGAAUGUCGUCACAGCAGAGGCUCUUGACCGUCUCAAAGGCUCCGUCAGCUUUGGCUAUGGCCUCUUCCACCUGUGCAUAUCCAUGGUACCGCCACACUUGCUCAAGAUCAUCAACCUGCUAGGUUUCCCUGGUGACCGUCUCCAGGGAUUGUCCUCCCUUAUGUAUGCAAGUGAGAGCAAGGACAUGAAGGCGCCACUGGCUACGUUGGCCCUCCUGUGGUACCACACAGUCGUGCUGCCUUUCUUUGCUCUUGAGGGCUCCGACACACACGCAGGGCUGCUGGAGGCCAAAGCUAUUCUACAGAGAAAGUCGGUGGUUUACCCCAACUCGUCUCUCUUCAUAUUUUUUAAAGGCCGUGUUCACAGGCUGGAGUGCCAUAUCAACAGUGCACUGACCUGUUUCCAUGAAGCGUUAGAACUUGCAUCUGACCAAAGAGAGAUCCAGCACGUGUGUCUCUAUGAGAUCGGUUGGUGUAGUAUGAUAGAGAUGAAUUUUGAAGAUGCAUAUAGGUCAUUUGAAAGGCUGAAGAAUGAGUCGCGCUGGUCGCAGUGCUACUACGCAUACUUGACGGGAGUAUGUCAGGGAGCUUCAGGUGAUCUUGAAGGAGCAAGCGGAGUUUUCAAAGAUGUCCAGAAGCUAUUCAAGAGAAAAAACAACCAGAUAGAGCAAUUUGCUGUUAAAAGGGCUGAGAGAUUGAGAAAAUCUCCCACCAGAGAGCUAUGCAAUCUUGGUGUCAUUGAAGUGCUGUAUCUGUGGAAAGCUCUUUCUAACUGUUCUUCAUCUAAUCUGCAAAUAAUGAAUCAAGUGUUGCAGAGUUUGGAUGACGGUGUGUGUAGAGGUCUCAAACAUCUCCUUCUUGGUGCCAUUCACAAAUGUCAUGGAAAUAUGAGAGAUGCUCUUCAGUCCUUUCAGCUGGCUGCCCGAGAUGAGUAUGGACGUCAGAUCAACUCGUAUGUUCAGCCGUACUCCGUCUAUGAGCUGGGAUGUAUACUUCUUGCAAAACCCGAGACAGUGGGGAAAGGAAGAUCACUGCUACUACAAGCAAAGGAGGAUUUUACAGGUUACGACUUUGAGAACAGGCUUCAUGUUCGUAUACAUUCAGCCUUGGCCUCGUUGAAGGAAGUGGUUCCUCAGUGACUCUACCACUGGAUACUGCAGAUGUGCUCACGUCAAUGCAUGACUGUUUGUAAGCCGCAGGUCAUUCAAAAUUACUUUAU